GUGUUUGCCAGUUCAAGCAAUUGAUUGUAUGAACAGAAUCGGAACAGCUCGGUAGGUAUGGGACUAACAGACUCUGGUAGCUUAUCAAAAGAGGUUCCAUCAUUGAACCUUAUGGAGAGCGACUCAUCAUACAAGCGGAAGUUGGGGUUGUUGCGCGAGACAUCAAAACCGCUCAAAUGCAUAGACAGCUCCUUCACUGAGACGGUUCUUAAAUCUGAGUUGACGGAUGGAACCAAUGGAUCCUUGUAUAAUGGUCGAAUUCUCAUCAAGGAGCAGUAUGUCAAAGCUCAGUUCACCUCCUUUCUUGACAUUCCUCGCCUCCCAAAACCUCAGCAAACGCACUUCCGCGGUGUUGGAGCAUCGCCCGGCUUUCAAGUCAGCAAGGAUGGUGUAGGAUUUCGCCAUCGCAGUAAUCAGCAAGGAGAAGAGAGUUUUCGUUUUGAUUUCUUUGAAGCUUUGCUGUUCAUGGCUGAGAUAGUGGUUAUUUAUAGCAGGAGCUUUAGACGUUACUCCGGGGUUUCGAUGAGGGCAAUUCAAUGUUGCGGAGUGGAUGAGUGAGUUAAUUACUCAUAAGGUCGGCGUCAAGUAAGAAUCAAUGAGACGUUAGGGAAAAGAAUGCGGAAAGGCGAUCGACGAUAUGCAAAGCAUAAACAUAACCGGCUACCUCAACUGCAAAGGAGAAGAGAUGAAAGAACCUAGGUUAACCCUAGGUCUGGUUUCUAGAAUCAGGAGCCCAUUCGAAUUAAAAACAUGGCCCAAAAUAAACAAUUUAAAAUCAAAACCCAAACAUAAGAAUUCAAAAACACAACCCAACCGAAACCCAAACGUAACAAUUCUCAAAACACUAUGUUUAAAUAAUGAUGCCACGUGGCGAGAAAACCCCAAAGGAGAGACUUAAACUAACUU